CAGACCAAAGGCUUUUUCGUUGAGAGUGGUGGAUUCGACGGCGAAUUUCUCUCCAACACCUUCUUCAUGGAGCGCUAUCUCGAUUGGAAUGGAUUGCUCAUAGAAGCCGAUCAAAAAAUGUUUAGUAAGCUGCAUUCUCGCAAUCGAAAGGCUUUCAGUUUACCCAACUGCAUCAGCACCCAACCUUACCCGAUUAAAGUUCUAUUCAAAGGCUCUAACAAUGCUGUGGGUUUCAUCGUUGAAAUAUUAGAAGCAAAUAAUAAUACGAGUAAAAGCAGUAAAGAUAACGAGAGCGUCUACAUCGUUCAGUGUUUUCCGUUCUAUUCCAUCCUACUGGCCGUUGGCAGGAAUGACGUCGACUAUUUUGGACUGGACGUCGAAGGAUCCGAGUACAAAAUCCUGGAAACCAUUCCUUGGCAUAAAGUUAACAUCAAGACGUUGACGGUGGAGUGGAAUCACAUUCCAGAGGGGGAGCCUGCUUUAACCCGUCUGAUGGAGAGCAAAAAUUAUAAAAAGUUUCGCAUGAUUUCAUUAGAUUAUAGCUGGGAAGUCAUUUACGUCCACGAAUCGGUUGUUUUCCGCAAAUGAAAUAAAAUAAAAUAUACACCUGCUGAUAAAGAAUGACGCAAUUUGUUUGAGAAAUAAA